GUUUGUACUAUCUAUAUGUUUGGCAGUUCUGAGUGGCUGCAUAGCGACCCAAGAAGAACAGCUGUUGGGUUAGAUUUGGAUCUGGAAGCACUUUACUGGUGCUUGGAGAACAAUAUUAGUAAGAUUGGAUGUGAUGGAUACCCCAGGAUCUCUCUAUUCCAUGGUAAUGUUCUGCAUCCCCACAAGGCUCAUCUGGUGAAGCCUAAAGUCCAUGAUCCUAUAGGUGUUGUAGAUCUAAGAUUCCAAAAGGAUUUUAUCGAAAGUUCACAAUCAACCAUAGGUGCUGCCUCUAAUGUUCAGCAACGGGAAGAUUUAGUCAGGUACUUUAAACAUGCAUUGAGUGCCUUGUCAAAGAUGGGUGGCAUAUUUGUUAUGGACUUAUAUGGUGGAAUAUCCUCAGAGCGCAAGCUACGGCUUCAGAGGAAAUUCCCCAACUUUACAGUAAGUAAUUUGGCUCUGUAUGGUAAACUAGAUUGUAUUAUUUCCACGAAGAAUAGAGAGAAUAACCCAUUUAAACCUUGAAAAACUUUCAAUCGUUAAAAAGGCCAUCUGAUCACUAAUAUUGCUGAAUGAAGAAUAUUAUUUGCGUUAAUUUCAUGUUUCUAA